GACAAGACUAUAUUAUUUUAUGAAAUGACUAGUAAAAUUGAGCAAACAAAGUGAGUAAAGUUUGACCCUGUGAAAAGUAUCUGGGAAGAUCUAUGGUGGACAGAGAGAGUACUACAAAAUAAAAUGUGUAAUUUUUUUUCGAGGAGGGAGUAUUACAAUUUACAAGAGGUAAUUCACGAGCCCAAAUCACACUUUGACCAGCUCAUUUCCCUUCCAAGACCGAUCACAAGAACAUCAAUGGAGAAGAAAGAGAACCCGAAGAUGAAUAUCGCGAUUAUCCACCCCGAUCUGGGAAUCGGUGGAGCUGAAAGGCUAAUUGUUGAUGCUGCUGUCGAACUUGCCUCUUGCGGACAUAAUGUUCAUGUUUUUACAGCACAUCAUGACAAAAAUCACUGUUUUGAGGAGACUCUUUUGGGAAACUUUAAUGUAAAAGUAUAUGGCUCGUUCCUACCCCGGAAUAUAUUCUAUAGACUUCAUGCAGUAUGUGCAUACUUGAGGUGCAUAUUUGUCGCUCUUUCGGUGUUGUUUCUAUGGCCAUCAUUUGACAUCGUUCUAGCGGAUCAAGUCUCUGUUGUCAUUCCUCUUAUGAAGCUGAAAAAAACAAUGAAGGUUGUUUUCUACUGCCAUUUUCCAGAUCUCUUAUUGGCUCAGCAUACAACCGUUCUUAGGAGGAUAUACCGCAAGCCCAUAGAUUUUAUAGAAGAAAUGACAACAGGUAUGGCUGAUUUGAUCUUAGUCAAUAGCAAGUUCACAGCUUCUACUUUUGCAAACACGUUCAGGCGUCUAAAUGAACGUGGAGUUAGACCAGCCGUGCUGUACCCAGCAGUCAAUCUUGACCAAUUUAAUGAACCUCACGAUACUAGGUUAAACAUUCUAUCUAUCAACCGCUUUGAAAGGAAAAAGAAUAUAGAAUUGGCAAUAUCUGCCUUUGCCAGGCUCUAUAACCACGAAGAGGGUAAUAAUCAUCAAUGCCCUAAUGUGGCUGAAGCUUCAUUAACUAUUGCAGGUGGAUAUGAUGAACGAUUAAGAGAGAACGUUGAUUAUCUAAAGGAGUUGAAGCUCCUGGCCAAAAGAGAAGGUGUUUCGGACCGAGUUAGCUUUGUUACUUCUUGCUCUACUGCUGAAAGGAAUGAGCUUCUCUCUCAAUGUCUGUGUGUUCUUUAUACACCAAAGGACGAGCAUUUUGGCAUUGUUCCUUUGGAAGCAAUGGCGGCAUAUAAACCCGUAAUAGCGUGCAACAGUGGAGGUCCAGUAGAGACAGUGGACCACGGUGUGACGGGCUUCCUGUGUGAUCCAAGCCCACAAGAGUUCUGCUCAGCCAUGGCGAAAUUCGUCUCGGAUCCUUGUUUGUCUGUGAAGAUGGGCCUGAAUGCCCGUCAGCACGUUGCAAAGACCUUCUCGACCAAAAUAUUUGGCCACAAUCUCAACGCCUAUCUUAUUGGUGUCGCACGGGGGAAGGAUGACUGAUCUAUGCAAUAGAAUAGGCGAAAAAGAUAAGUCACGCCACAUAUGAUACCAUUUUGGACGCCAUUGUGAUUUGUGUCUCAUAGACACACAGACAGACAGUGCAAAACUUCAUACAGUUUCACACUGUUUGAGAGACACAAUGGUGUUAAAACUCAGGCACUUCCAAGUAGUUUUGGUUUUCCAACUUUGCCCAUUUAAAUUGGAAUUGAAGGCUCAAAGAUGAUAUCCACUUGUUCUUGGAGUUUUUCCCCUAAACAAAUCUUCUCAAGCAGU